AACACAAAAACAGGGACAUUGUUCACAUCAGACGACACCGAAGAUUCUUUACACUUCUGUUCUGUUCUGUGCUGUUCUGUUCCGUUCUCAUGGUUCUCAUCCUCUGUUUUUCCAAACUACAAGGACAAAAGAUUUGAAACCCUUUUGCAAUAAAUUCCAACUCUCGUCAAAAGAUUCAAAACUCCUCCAUUUUUUUUUUCCUGUUUACUGGGAAGAAAAAUCAGGUCCAAGUGGCAAGCAAUUGAUGACAGUAAAGUCUAUGUUUAGUUCUAUAUAGCUGAUGACAACAAAUAGGUGCCUUCUCUAAGUCAAGUAGUAAUUUUCAGAGCUAUAGAGUUGGAAAUUAGUAUAUAGUUUGCCAAUGGCUACUUCAGAAGCAAUUCUACAAGUUCUAUUACCUCGCUUGCAUCACUCUGAUCUAUGUACCAACAGUUUAAACUCGGCGCACACAAUUAAAGCCAAUGUCAAUAAUGGAAGGAUAAAAAUUCCAUUGUCAAUGCAAGUGCAUAGCUGCUCGAGAAAAUCACAGAAUUGCAGGAGGAGGGUUUAUGCAUUACGGAGUAGAGACAGUGUUUUUCAUGAGAAGACUGAUGUUGGUAGGUUGGAAUCUAUGGGUUGCCAAUGCCAACAGGCUGAAGGUGUUAGUGGCUUUACAGAGGAUCAAAAUGAGACCCGGUUCAAGGGGAAAACAAGGAGGCCAACAUCAAAUCCCAUUAAUGGGACAGGCAGUGCACCAAGCAUUCAAGGAUAUGAGGUGGGUCAACAGUUGAAACAUGAAAAGCAAGAUCAUGUUAGAAAUGGAAAGGCCGCUGUUGCAGGGACAACUAAAGAUAAAUUGGAUAAGGGAAGGGUGAAUGUAAUCGAGGAUGAAGCUUGGAACUUGCUGAGGGACUCCAUUGUUUAUUAUUGUAAUAAUCAAGUUGGAACAAUUGCUGCUAAUGACCCAAGCAGCAGUAGUAUUCUGAACUAUGAUCAGGUUUUUAUUCGGGAUUUCAUACCUUCUGGGAUCGCCUUCCUUUUGAAGGGGGAGUAUGACAUUGUACGGAAUUUCAUUCUGCACACCCUUCAGUUGCAGAGCUGGGAGAAAACCAUGGAUUGCUAUAGUCCUGGUCAAGGACUGAUGCCUGCCAGUUUCAAGGUGCGUACUGUUCCUCUAGAUGGUGAUGAUUCUGCAACUGAAGAUGUAUUGGAUCCUGACUUUGGUGAAGCAGCAAUUGGCCGUGUUGCACCAGUUGAUUCUGGAUUGUGGUGGAUUAUAUUGUUACGAGCAUAUGGAAAAUGCUCUGGAGAUUUGUCCUUGCAAGAGAGAAUUGAUGUACAAACUGGGAUCAAAAUGAUUUUAAAGUUGUGCCUUGCUGAUGGUUUUGAUAUGUUUCCUACUUUGUUGGUGACCGAUGGUUCUUGCAUGAUAGAUCGUCGCAUGGGAAUUCAUGGUCACCCUUUGGAGAUUCAGGCACUGUUUUAUUCAGCAUUACUUUCUGCACGUGAGAUGCUUGCUCCUGAGGAUGCAUCAGCUGACCUUAUACGAGCACUUAAUAAUCGUCUAAUUGCAUUAUCUUUCCACGUAAGGGAAUAUUACUGGAUAGAUAUGAGAAAAAUCAAUGAGAUCUACCGGUACAAGACAGAGGAAUACUCAUAUGAUGCUGUUAAUAAGUUCAAUAUCUACCCUGAUCAGAUUCCUUCCUGGCUGGUGGAGUUUAUGCCCAGUAAAGGAGGUUAUUUGAUUGGAAACCUGCAGCCAGCUCACAUGGACUUCCGUUUCUUUUCUCUUGGAAAUUUAUGGUCUAUUGUAAGCAGUCUUGCCACAGUGGAUCAGUCACAUGCCAUAUUGGACCUUAUAGAAGCAAAAUGGGAUGAAUUAGUUGCUGAUAUGCCAUUCAAAAUAUGUUAUCCUGCUCUUGAAGGCCAGGAAUGGCAAAUUAUCACAGGCAGUGAUCCCAAGAACACUCCUUGGUCUUACCACAAUGGAGGUUCUUGGCCCACUUUACUUUGGCAGCUCACUGUUGCAUGCAUAAAGAUGAACAGACCAGAAGUUGCCUUAAAAGCUGUCAAGGUAGCUGAGAGACGCAUUUCUCAAGAUAAGUGGCCUGAAUAUUAUGACACCAAGCGAGCAAGAUUUAUUGGAAAGCAGGCACAACUGUACCAAACCUGGUCAAUUGCAGGAUAUCUGGUGGCAAAGCUCCUCCUUGCCAACCCAAGUGCAGCAAAGAGCCUUGUAAAUGAAGAGGAUUCAGAGCUUGUAAAUGCCUUUUCUAGCAUGAUCAGUGGGAACCCAAGGAGGAAAAGGGGUCGAAGGAGGCAGAGCUUCAUAGUAUGAGUUUGAAGUUUUGAAGUCAAGUUGAGAGGAGGGAUUCAGAUGACAAAGUCUUAGUUUUGGCAAACCAAGUGCAGUUCAAUAUUUAAAUCCUAUACAUUUGAUUCAAAAUAGUUUUCUUCUGAGAAAGAAAGGUUUUGACUAUAUUUCUAGCUAGCUUUUCUAAUGAACAGUCUUGUAAAAUACUGUUAUGGUGUCAGAAAUUGUAACCUGUAUAUCCUUUUAUUUUGGUUUGGAAAGUGUUAUUUCCUGAGAUAGUUCACAUGCUGACCACUUAUGUUUUAUGGUGAUGUAUCAAGACAUGGUUUCUUGAGAA